CCCUGCCACGUGGGGACACAAAAUUAGUUUUCCUCGCAGCGGCGGAGGUGCCGGGAGGCCUCCUCUAGGUCGACUCAGCCUCAAAACGAGUACCUGGCGCGGCGUCGCAUUCCUCGUCAACCCGCAAUGGAGGCGCCUGUGCCGUGUGCGUGCAAGGGCGUGCGCACCUGCCUGGCCUGCGAGUCCGGCGACAAGCGGAAGCGACACAACCGCCACAACAACAACCGCCACAACAACAACAACCGCCACAACAACAACGACCGCAGCGACGACGACGAUGACGACAGCAGAGAGCUGACGCUGGAGUUUGAUCCGGCGCUGGGGCUGGCCGUGGCACUGCCGGGCUCGUCGUUUGCAGGGAUGGCGGCGCGCGUGAGCGGCGUGCACGUGUGGUGCGACUUCCUAAGCCCCGACGAGGAGCGAGAGCUCAUCGUCGCCAUCGACCGCGACGAGUGGAGACCGUCGCAGUCGGGAAGGCGCAAGCAGGACUACGGGCCCAAGGUGAACUUCCGCAAGCGGCGGGUGCGGGCGGCCGGCUUCUCGGGGCUGCCGCCGCUGAGCCGGGCGCUGGCGCUGCGCGUGCGCGCCGCCAGCCCCGCGCUGCUCGGCGACUUCGUGCCCGUCGAGCAGUGCCACCUGGAGUACGAGCCGUCGCGCGGCUCCAGCAUCGACGCCCACCUGGACGACGCGUGGCUCUGGGGGGAUCGGCUCGUCACCGUCAACCUCCUCUCGGACACGGCGCUCACGCUCACUCGGCCCGCGGCGGGCGCGGGCGGAGACGUCGGGACGCGCGGGGGCGUGGCUGCCGGGGAGGCCGCCGACGGGUCGGUUUCGCUGCCGCCGCAAGGCGGCGGGGAGGCCGCGGGUGGGAUGAGGGCCGCGGCGGGGGACGGCGAGGGAGCUCGGCGCGAGACGGAACGCCCGGGCGGUGUGGGGGAGCGCAGGGACGGGCCGAGACAUUCGGGAGACGUGGGGACGCUUACAACCGGGGUGGGCGGGGGGCGGGGUUUGGGGGGAGGGGUGGAGGAGACCGGCGACGGCGCGGGCGACGUCCAUUCGCCGGGAGGUGCAGGAGAAGUUGACGUCGGCGAUGACGAUGACGACGACGACGACGACGGGGAGUACGUCACGUUGAGGCCUCUUUCUUUUUGGCGGCAAAGGCGCGAGAACCGGCUCCGCCAAAACCCGUCACCGGACCUCCAAUCCCCAACCGCCACCACACCGCAAAUGCACCGUCCUCCCGCUCCUCGGAACUCGGGCUCGUGGGUGCGCGUGCUGGUGUCCUCGGUGACGGUGCGCGUGCCGUCACCGCGCCGGUCCCUGGUGCUGCUGCGCGGCGCGGCGCGGCGCUCUUGGCUGCACGCGGUGCGGCGCGGCGACGUGACGUCGCGCCGCGUGUGCAUCACGCUCCGGGAGCUCUCCGCCGAGUUCCGGCCGGAGCCCCGCGCCUUGGCGCUGCUCGCCGACGAGGCGCUGGGGCCGGAGGGGACGGCGCGGACGGGCCGAGCGGAACCGGAGGAGGCGGCGGCGGCGACGGAGGUCGGAGAGUUGCAAAGCGGCCGCUCGGCGGAGAUCGGGGCGCAGUUGUUGGCGACGGCGCUGACGUUCCGGGGGAUACCGGUGCUGUGACCGUACUCCCACGAGCUCAUUCGAAACGGAAAUUCACAUCGGAAGUAACGUUCAUUCGCGUCUGACGUAGUGUGGGCGCUGCGGUGUGAAAUGCCGCAGCUCUAGAACCAGGGGCGGAGCCAGGAUUUUCAGCCCGGGGUGACAUUCAACAAAUUUUCAUUUCAAGAAUGAUUUAGAGAGAGUCAGGCUGUUGAG